AUGAAUUAUUCCGUGAAUGACAAUGGCUCGAACAUUUCAGAACUACUCCAACCGCUCUGUGUCACCUACAACCACAGCACUUUCCCACCUCUGCGACUGGAAUCCAAAUCCCUGGUCACUUCAGCCACUAUGUUCGCCGUUGGAGUCCUGGGGAACCUCAUUGCCAUUGUUGUGUUGUCCAUCUCAAAGAAAGAGCAGAAGGAGACCACUUUCUAUACGCUGGUUGUUGGAAUGGCUAUCACGGACCUGUUAGGCACCUGUUUCACCAGCCCGGUGGUUAUCGCCACCUACAUAGUCCAGAGGUGGCCCGGUGGAGAACUACUGUGCGAUUUAUUCUCCUUCUCUAUGCUCUUUUUCGGCUCGGCUGGAAUGUCCAUCCUGUGCGCCAUGGCAGUUGAACGAUACCUGGCCAUAAACUACGCAUACUUUUACUCUCAAUACAUUGACUGGACAAUGGCUCGUUUCGCGCUCAUGGGCAUCUACCUGGCCAACAUUGCGUUAUGCAUCAUGCCCAGCUUUGGGUUCGGGAAGCACAUGCGCCACUUUCCGGGCACUUGGUGUUUCUUGGACUGGAGGGCGACGGACCCCCUCGCCGCCUCGUAUUCGUUUCUUUACGGUGGGUUCAUGUUGCUGUUGAUUGCGGUGACAGUUCUGUGCAACUUCGCAGUGUGUCUGUCACUUGUGAGGAUGAGCCAGAAGACGCGGAUAGUGAGAGCGAAGGUGUCCGCGCACGGUGGCUCACUGCGCGGGUUCCUGCCCUCUGUCACCAGCCUGUCCGCGGCUGAGAUCCAAAUGUUCUGGCUGCUAAUAUUUAUGACCAUCGUUUUCCUGGUGUGCUCCAUUCCUUUAGUGGUGCGCAUCUUUGUAAACCAGCUGUAUGGUCCUGCCUACAUCUGUGCUGGAGUGAAACCGGAUUACCGGAGUGAUCUGAUGGCCAUCCGCUUUGCCUCUUUCAACCCCAUUCUGGACCCCUGGGUCUACAUCCUCUGUCGGAAGAACCUGUUGUUUAAGGGCUGUGAGAGGAUGAAGAAUACAGUUGGAAAAGUCAAGGCGGGGCCCGGGCCUAAUUUAGUCUUUGUUGGCACUGGCAGUCAACAUUCACACCUGUCAUUUGAAUGCACUAACGAGACCAGUUAUGUGUCAUUAUGCACAACCAACUACAGAAAUGAAUUCGAGAACCAGGUUAACACCAAAAGUAAAUCGUUUACAGACUUUACCAUGCGACAAGCCUGGGACUUUGACACAGCGCGGGAUAACUUCCAUCCGUUCAGUGUCGAUCAAACUGCCAUGCUCAGCUUCCAGGCGGAACUUGCUGUUGUGUCCAAACCGGCCAUGAUGGCGUCAAUGCCCGGAGGCAGUAAGGCGCUUCCGGCGAAGUGCGCACCAGCAGGUCUCCAUAGCCAUGUCAGUAAAGUGGACAUAGUCACCUGUACCUUCAGCACACCUAGCUCCUGUCAUUCGGAGAAGUGCCUCUGA